AUGGAUCCCGACAAUAACAGUCACAACAAUAACAACAACAAUCGUCUGAGACUGAACUUUCAGUUUGACACUCAGCACAACUACGAUGCAGCCAACGCACGCAUGUAUCCCACCACUCCCUCCACCUUCCCUCAACCGAUCUAUGGUGGCCAGCAGGACUAUCCAGGCGGCAUGCUGUCCCCCAACCCAAACACCACCAAUGGCUACUUUAUGAACCAAGGCUAUGGUCAGGCAUCACAGCAGACUCAAUACCAGCAACAGUACCAAUAUCAGAGCCCAGCUGCUCUCCAAUCCCCUCAGCCAGCCUAUCAAGCCAACACCAGAACCUAUUUGGUCAACAAUAACAAUAAUGAUGGGACGACCGGCUUGAUCCAACAGUUUUCAAACCAAGACUUGAGCGCCACACCCCGUGGAAAUGCCAACCGGGCACCCUCUCCUGCCACUUCACGUCCUCGAACCGCCGGCGAAGCCAGACAAGCGCAAGGCCCCUAUCAGAAUCAUCUAGCCCCGCCCGUGCCUAGGCCUUCCCCAAAACCAGAAGAGGAGGAGCAACAGAAUCCACGCAAGUACUCAGACAAUAUCAUCAAGAGAGGUACUGCUGCGAAGCAAUUGGUCAACAGCUUUUUCCAGGAGAACAUCGAACGAGCACGUGAUCGCAACAGCCGGGCAAAGGACUUGGAUGCACUCUUGAAGGACCCGACCGCCAGCGAGCUUCAGAAGCAAAAGGAAAUCAACAUGCUGGCACAGAAAGAGGCACGUUUCCUGCGAUUCCUCCGGACCAAGGAGACCCCUCAGAAUUUCCAGACCAUCAAGGUCAUUGGUAAAGGAGCAUUCGGCGAAGUCAAGUUGGUGCAACGAAAAUCAGACGGCAAAGUCUAUGCUCUCAAGUCACUGAUCAAAUCAGAAAUGUUCAAGAAGGAUCAACUGGCCCAUGUUCGCGCAGAACGUGACAUCCUGGCGGAUUCCAAAGACAACCCGUGGCUGGUCAAGCUUCAUGCUUCUUUCCAGGAUUCGGCAUUUCUUUACAUGUUGAUGGAGUUCUUGCCUGGUGGAGACUUGAUGACCAUGUUGAUCAAGUAUGAGAUCUUCUCCGAGGACAUCACCCGGUUCUACAUGGCUGAGAUUGUCAUGGCGAUCGAAGCAGUGCACAAACUUGGUUUCCUUCAUCGUGACAUCAAGCCAGACAACAUCCUCUUAGAUAGAGGUGGUCACAUCAAGUUGACAGAUUUUGGUCUUUCCACAGGUGGUCGGAAACAGCAUGAGAAUUCGUACUAUCAAGCACUUCUCAAGUCAAACUCGACCGACAAGGCAGGGAAUCGCAACUCGAUGGCAUUGAAUGAGCAAAUCAACUUGACCGUCAGCAAUCGCGGAUUGAUGAACACUUGGAGAAAGUCUAGGCGUCACAUGGCCUAUUCGACCGUUGGUACUCCUGACUACAUUGCCCCUGAAAUAUUUCUCGGCCAGGGUUACACCUACCUUUGCGACUGGUGGUCGGUCGGUGCUAUCAUGUUCGAAUGCUUGGUUGGUUGGCCGCCCUUCUGUGCCGAAGACACCCACGACACCUACCGCAAGAUUGUCAACUGGCGCGAGUCACUGUAUUUUCCAGAGGAUUUGGUCUUGGGACGGGAUGCCGAGGACAUGAUUCGCAGUUUCCUUUGCGAUGCGGCGGAUCGUUUGGGCAGGGAAGGGGGAGCGAUUGAUGGCGCAUCGUCGAUCAAGAAGCAUCCAUUCUUCCGUGGUGUCGUCUGGGAUCAAUUGCGCAAGAUUCGAGCACCAUUCGAACCAAGACUAUCUUCCAACAUUGAUGUCAGCUACUUCCCCAUCGACGAAAUCCCGCAGGAGGACAAUAGCGCUGUCCACCGAGCACAUGCAAAGCAAGUUCUGCCUGAACAAGAUGCGGAGAUGAGCUUGCCAUUCAUUGGAUACACCUACAAGGCGUUCAAUGCGUUCCAGAAUUCUUGA